AUGAGCUCGUCUGAUACGUGGGUAUACGACGCAGCCUCAGGAGUAUACUACCACGCACCAUCAAACACCUACGCCGUCCCCGACCCCACCACAGGCCAGUGGUCUUACAUUCCCGCACCCCACUUUCACCAUGCCUCAUCUUCCACCGGUCGCUCGAACCCCGCCCCAGCACAAACAGCCAGCAGCGAAAGGAAUAACGCUGGUGGACUUCGGGGUAAAGAAGAAGGGGAGGUUGAAGACGACGUCGGAUGGGGCGGUUUGAUGGAGCCUGAACAGCUAGCCGAAAUACAACGGACAGGAGAGCUCAAGAAGAAAGGUGUGGCGGAGAAGGCUGCACCAGCCGCUGCUGAACAAGAGAUGGCGCCAUAUGGGGACACGCCAUCUUACGAUGAUCCCGCACUGUACGCCUAUCAGCCGGGCGCAGACGAAAUUCUCGAGCUACCCAAAGAACGCCCUGACCAUCUUCUCCGGCUUGUUGUGCAGACCACCGCAAGCCCCAAGGUUGCCGUAGGGCAGGUGGCCGUCAUAGAUACGAGGGAAGGUGGCGUUCAGCUAGGAAGAGAUCGAUGCGAGAGGGGUGCACAGGCGCGAGUGCGGUUACGGGAGCUGGAAGUGAGCAAGACUCACGCGGUUGUAUAUUGGACAGAGGGGAGUGAAGAUGAGCAUGAUCAGGAAGGGUGGCGGGUGGUAGAUCUUGGAUCCACCCACGGGACAUUCAUAUGCACGCCUCUCCGGGGUAAAGAAAUGACCGUCCUAUACCGUCUGUCGGAACCUAAACACUCUUCGAAACCAGUCGCCAUCUCCCAUCUAUCCACCCUCACCAUUGGCUCCACAACUUUUGAAGUCCACAUCCACUCAUCCUGGCCCUGCGACACCUGUAAGCUCUGUGGCACCAAUGAGCUGCCUCUCGAGACCGGUGAAGUGCACGUAGAAGGCAAGUCACUCAAAGACAAGGACGCCGAGGAGCAAACCUGGGACGUUGCGAUGAGCUCGAGAGAGAAAUGGGGUCAUCGAGAUGCUCGGAGGAAAGUCGAGAUGGCAAACCUCAAGGAGAAUCUUAUGAAACGAAAUGGAGAUGGAAGCGGUUCAGGUUCACCGGCGGCAGAACCUGCUCGCGAAUACAUCGACCGCUCAGCUAUGCGUCGUCAGCUUCGUCCCAAAUCACCGCCUCGCAAAGCUUCCAUCCCCGCUACAUCUGCUGCUGUAGUGUCAGCGGCGCCUGCUUCAGUGCAGAGUAAAUUUGCUCAGGGGAUCUUGACCAAGCAAGGCUGGCAAGAAGGGAGCGGGCUGGGCAAGGAUGGGACUGGGAGGGCUGUGCCGCUCGAUACCCAGGUGAGAACCAAGAAACGGGGUCUGGGCGCGGAAGGAAGUGUUGAUGAUGGGGAUGGCGAUUGGAGAACAAAGGCAAAGAUGAGACGGUGGGGGGAAGUCCGCAAAGGAUAG